AUGAUCACUAAUUCAUCCAGUCCAGCAGAGUUGUACGAAGACAACUCUUCUCUUUUGUCCUUACACUCCAGUGUAUUUUUCAGUGAGUCCGCCCUGCCAAACGAUGAUCCGCUGGACUUCUUCAUUAUAAAUGUUGGAGGUAGUCGCUACAUCCUCUCUCAGGAAUUGUUGGCCUCUCAUCCGGAGACUCGCUUGGGUAAGCUUGCCCUCUCAACGCGAGAUUCCGCUUUAGAUCUGUGCGACGAUGCAGAUUUCCUCGAGAAUGAGUUUUUUUUUGACCGCAACUCACAGACAUUCCAGUAUAUCAUGAACUUUUACAAGACAGGUCACCUGCAUGUGCGAGAAGAGCUUUGUGUGAUCUCCUUCUUGCAAGAGAUUGAGUACUGGGGCAUUGACGAGCUCCGCAUAGACAGAUGUUGCAGAGACAAGUAUUACCGCAGAAAGGAGAUGAAGGAGUCAUUGGAUAUUCGUAAGGAUGCUGAAACAAUGGACACUGAGGAAGAGGACUUUACAGGAGUCCUGUGUCAGGACUUGCGCCAACGCUUAUUGGACGUCAUGGAGAAACCGGACUCCUCCAAGGCGGCCAAGACUUUUGGCACACUGUCCAUGUUCUUUGUGGUGGUCUCCAUUGUGAACAUGGCUCUGAUCUCCCUUGAUUUUUAUAUACUUGGAGCCCCCUUCAUCUUGGAUGCUCUUGAGUACAUCUGCAUUAUUUGGUUUACUGGUGAGCUGGUGCUCAGGUUCAUGUGUGUUAAAGAUAAGUGUAAAUUCAGCAGGAGCAUGGUGAACAUCAUUGACCUGAUGGCUAUUCUGCCCUUCUAUGUGACUCUGGUCGUUGAGAGCCUACAUGGAGGAUCUACAGAGCUGGAGAACGUUGGGCGGGUAGUUCAGGUCCUGCGAUUGAUGAGGUCAUUGAGGAUGCUUAAACUUGGACGACACUCUACAGGUCUCAAGUCAUUGGGCUUGACGAUAGCCCAGUGCUAUGAAGAAGUUGGCCUCCUGUUGCUUUUCCUAUCUGUGGGCAUCUCCAUCUUUGCCACUGUGGAAUACGCCAUUGAACACGACAUACCAGAGACCACCUUCAUCAACGUGCCCAGUGCCUGGUGGUGGGCCACCACCUCCAUGACCACAGUGGGGUACGGAGACAUCCGUCCCGAAACGGCCCUGGGAAAGGUGAUGGCUUUUAUCUGCAUCCUAUCUGGUAUUCUCAUCCUUGCUUUACCUAUCGCCAUCAUCAACGAUCGCUUCUCUGCCUGCUACUUCACACUUAAAAUGAAAGAAGCGGCACUGCGGCACGGAGAGGCACUGAAGCGUUUGACGCGCAACUCAACCUCAGAUGUGUCAACGAUAGGGGUGAACCUGCGUGACGUCUAUGCGAGAAGCGUGCUGGAGAUGCUGCGAUUGCAGGGGCGAGAGAGAGCCAGCACACGCAGUAGUGCAGGAGAUAUCUGGUGGUAGCAGUAGGCCUACUGUUACAUACUACAUACUAAAAGAGAGCGUCUUUUGAAAGACCACAAAACAUUUAAAGGUGAAGUGUGUAACUUCUGUGCCACUAUCAGCACAAAACAGAAUUGGAUUUUUUUUUAAAUUAUUUUCAAACAGGUUUCCCAGAUAUUUCACCCAUCUUCCAUUGGUCCAACAAACAGAUAGUCCUGCCCAAAAUGUAGGUCAUUGGUUGAUUCAAAGAGGUAGUCCCAUAGUGUGUUCGACUUUAUUCAGUGCUGCGCAGAAUGAUCUGCACUGGAUUUGAAGCAGUGUAUGUCAGUUAUAUAUUUUGUCCGAAUUGAGAUGGUGCCAUGCCACCCUCACGUCACCAUGACGUAUGCAAAGCAAGACUCAGUUGAAGUCGAACACACCUAAUGUUGCUAUGUAUGGUCACUUAAAACAAACAAAGAAAGGUUGAAAGCACCACAGAGCCACAGUUUUUACACUUUUUUUGUGAAAUCAUCCAAAACACAUAGCUACCUUAAAGCUGUUUCUGCACAGCAAGCUGUGAAUUAAGCAAUAUCGCAUGCAGCGCCAUUUCUGAACAUUUUGGUGCCCUAGGCGAGAUCGUUGUGACAUUGUUAUUGCCGCUCCUGUCUACAAGAUCAUUGGUGAUCUCGUCGGUCCUGGGGAGGGUGGCUUACGUGUUGAAACCCACCCACCCUCUGCUGAUGGCGUCCUAGGUGACCGCCUAGUUUGCCUAUACCUAGAAAUGGCCCUGAUCACAUGACCAAGAGUUAUCUAGAACUAAAUAUCAGCACUCUUUGAAUGCCACUUGUCCAAUCAGAUUAGGACCAUUGUAUAACUGUUGUAUUUGUACAACAAAUAGU